UGUGAGAUCACGUGUCCAUUGCGGCCACUUUGGAGUGAUGACAUCCCUUCGAGCCCCGGUUUUUGGAGCGAUUUGCGACUCUUUGAAAAACAUCAAAUGGCAGAAUUACGAAGGAAAUUAGUUAUCGUAGGAGAUGGUGCGGGCGGUAAAACGUCACUGCUGAUACGGUACUCGAAGAACCACUUUCCAGAGGAAUAUGUUCCAACUGUCUUCGAAAACUAUGUAGCCGACGUUGUCGUCGAUAACCGCCACGUAGAGCUGGCCCUCUGGGAUACAGCUGGCCAGGAAGAUUAUGAUCGACUCCGCCCCCUCUCAUACUCCGACUCCCACGUCAUCCUCAUUUGUUUCGCUAUUGACUCCCCUGAUUCGCUCGACAAUGUGGAAACCAAGUGGAUUACCGAAGUCCUCCAUUUUUGUGCAGGACUACCAGUUGUACUUGUGGGUUGCAAGAAGGAUCUCAGGAACGAUGCCAGAACGAGAGAAAACCUGGCCAGAGUCAGGCAAUCUCCUGUGACUCCUGAACAAGGAUAUGCCAUGGCACAGAAAAUUGGUGCUUAUCGGUACCUCGAAUGCAGUGCAAAGACCGGAGAAGGGGUCACCCAGAUAUUUGAACACGCCACCCGUGCCGCGCUGGCCGUGACCGGAAAGAAGAAUAAUCAUAAAAGGAAGAAGGAAAAGUGUAUUUUCUUGUAAAGGCGAAGCAACCUUUCAAUCCAUAGAUAGUCCUGGUGAAAAUCGAAAGAUGAUCCUAAUCCCAGUUGUGGAAUUGGCUCUGCUACGAGCAUGGAGGCGGGUUGACUUGAGUAGUGUCAGAUUGGCGUUUCUUUAUUUGCUUGCCUCUCUUUUCUUUAGUGCACCUCUUUGUACAGUGUGAAAUAAAACUAGCGCGCAUGGCUUUGUGAACAAACCAGGUUCAUUCUCAUUCUAAGCCUUGAAGCUCUUUUCGUGCCAAGUUUGCAAUUUCGCGCCGUUCGGCAAGCC